GAAGCAAUACGAUGUCGUUUAAACUUCCCAUCUUCCCUAAACCCUCACAAUAGCCAGUUCAACCAAAAACAAAAACAGCAAUUUGACCCCCAUUAAAACCCUACACAUCAAAACUCAAGCUUUCAAGCAAAGUCCAAAACUUUCACUACUAUCUAUGCUCACACAUAAACUCCAGAAGUAGAAGAAAUGUUGAGAAGGAGAAUAACUUCGAUAUUAUCAACUUCACUCCAAAAUGGUCAAAUCUACAACAAACCGAUCAAGAUUUCCCAAACCAUAUUCACAUCUUCCCAAAAGAUUCAAUCUUUAGAAUUUUCUCAACACCCCAUCUCCAGCAUUGCUCCAAAUGGAUCAUUGGGGCGGCGAUUUCAGCAUUAUCAGGGUAUGAGGAGAGCCUACAGUCUUCUGAGCUUAAAUGAUUUGCAGGAUAACAAGGGUGCUAGGAAGCAGAAGACCCGGAAAGGAAGAGGUAUCGGGUCGGGUAAAGGGAAGACAGCGGGUCGAGGACAUAAGGGUCAGAAGGCUAGAGGGACCCAUAAGUUUGGUUUUGAAGGUGGACAGACCCCGCUUCGUCGCCGUUUGCCUAAACGUGGGUUUAAGAACCCGUUCAGUCUCACAUUUCAGCCAGUUGGUUUGGGAAAGAUUGCAAAGCUGAUAAAUGCAGGGAAGAUUGAUUCGUCAGAGUUGAUCACAAUGAAAACUCUAAAGGAUUCCGCGGCAAUAGGGAAGCAAAUAGGAGAUGGAGUCAGGCUGAUGGGACGUGGAGCUGAACAUAUUCAAUGGCCCAUCCAUCUAGAGGUAAUGUUCAGCAGAGACUUCUACAAUAUAGCAUUUUGAUUCUUAGGUUGUUUA